AUCCGAAAUGAUAGCUGAUGUUUGCUUGUUGGCAGGGAAAGAAGGGAAGAUAGAGAACGAAGUAGAGCGAGCAUUAUAGAUCACGGUUUCUGUUCUUGCAGACAGUUUGUGGAGAUUGCAGAACUUGCAGUGCAGUGCAGUUCUUUGUUUCUGGUUCCCAAGCAUUUGGCCCAUCAGAGAUUGUAACGAUGGCAAUGGAGGCCCCAUUAAAAGUGGCUUUGGGCACUCUUGCUUUUGUAGUUUUCUGGAUUUUAGCUGUGUUCCCCGCAGUUCCCUGCUUACCCAUUGGAAGGACCGCAGGCUCUCUCCUCGGCGCCUUGCUCAUGGUCAUCUUCCGAGUCAUAUCACCCGAGGAGGCCUACAGCGCGAUCGAUCUCCCAAUUCUUGGCCUCCUUUUCGGGACCAUGGUCGUCAGUGUCUUCCUCGAGAAGGCCGACAUGUUCAAGUACCUGGGCCAUUUGCUCUCUUGGAAGAGCCGAGGAGGGAAGGACUUGCUCCUCCGGAUCUGUCUCGUUUCUGCAAUCGCGAGCGCUCUGUUCACCAACGACACCUGCUGCGUCGUGCUAACGGAGUUCGUCCUCAACGUCGCGAGGAAGAACAAUCUGCCACCCAAACCUUUUCUUCUGGCACUGGCGUCCAGUUCCAACAUUGGAUCCGCAGCUACUCCGAUCGGGAACCCGCAGAAUCUAGUGAUCGCUCUCCAGAGUGGCAUGUCCUUCGUCGAAUUCCUGUCGGGGAUCGUCGUUGCGAUGCUCGUGGGAGUAGUCGUGAACGCGGCCAUUCUGCUCUGCUACUUCUGGAGGCUGCUCUCGGCCGACAAGGACGAAGACGUGGACUCAGCGGCGGCGGUGGCGGCCGAGGUCGAUGUGAACCUGCAUCGGUUUUCGCCGGCCACGAUGUCGCACCUCAAUAUCAAGAAUUCUCAGGCAUCGGCGAGUGAUGCUUCGGCACAGAGCUCCAUUUCAGGUGCUGCGAACUUGAGAUGCAGGACUAGUAGCGCUGACGGUGGUGUAACGGAUUCUGCAAUGGCGCCGGAUCCAUCGAGAGAUGGAAUUUGUGUAAGCGGGGACGACGGUGCAUCAACAACAUGGAGGACGCAAUUGUGGAAGACAUGCGUCUACCUCGUCACCGUUGGAAUGCUCAUAUCGCUCUUGCUGGGGCUGAACAUGUCAUGGACAGCCAUCACAGCGGCUCUUGCGCUCGUCGUCCUCGACUUCAAGGACGCACUCCCUUGCCUUGAAAAGAUUUCGUAUUCCUUGUUGAUAUUCUUCAGCGGGAUGUUCAUUACGGUGAACGGCUUCAACAAGACCGGCAUACCGAGUGCCUUGUGGGAGUUCGUGGAACCAUACGCACAGAUUGAUACCGUCGGAGGGGUUGCGUUGCUAUCCUUGGUGAUUCUUCUGCUCUCCAAUGUCGCCUCCAAUGUGCCCACCGUUCUGCUGCUGGGAGCGAGGGUUGCGGCAUCGGCUGCAAUCGUUUCCCUGGCCGAGGAGAUGAGGGCGUGGCUGAUACUGGCAUGGGUCAGCACAGUUGCAGGAAACCUCUCCCUGCUGGGCUCCGCUGCCAACUUGAUAGUCUGCGAACAGGCUCGGAAAGCUAAAUCUUUUGGAUACAACCUCUCCUUCCUCGGCCAUCUGGUGUUCGGAAUCCCUUCCACGCUCAUCGUCACUGCUAUUGGCUUGGUCUUCGUCCGAAGUUGAUCGAGCGAGCGAGACGAAAGCUAUGUGCAUCCGACAGGACCAGAAGAAACUGGUUCUAGCCACUACUAGUGAUUUCGAAAUUGUUGCAGAACAAAAUAAUACUAGAAUGUAAAUUAGGCCUUCAUCGGUUUAAGGACCGGAGAUGAUUAGCUUAUCCUUCUUAUCCUAAUAAGACUUCAUAAAUACGCCAUUGUGCACUGAAUUGUAUGAAUUUCUAUUCUCUCCUCUAUAAAAUCUUUCGGAUCUGAUA